UCAACGCGGUGAUGAAGAUCUGAUCUGAGAUCCGCUUUGGCUGUUCCCUUCCCGCUAGUUGACCACGUGUCUCCGUCCGGCCUGCCAGCGGACCAUGUGGCGGAGCAACAUGGCGGCGCGGAAGAGGGGGGAAGAGAGCGAUUUUACUACCGGCAACAGCGAAUUGCCGCCCCGCGACCCCCUCAAUGAGUUGGUCCUGAGCAGAGGUCACGGGGAAGAUGUGGACUGCUCCAUUUUGGCCAUGUUUGAGGACUCCACUGUGUCAUCAGAGAGCAAUAUUGAUACAGAUGAAGCAAGUGAGAGCCUGCUGUGUGCCCUGACUGAGAUGCUGGACAGAGUGGGGCAGGAUAAUGAUGAUGUUGAUGAGAUUUUCUCACCCUUCGACGUCCUGCCAAACACUGAGCUUCUGCACCAAGCAGAGCAGAAAGACGAGCCGCUCCUCCAGAAACCCUCACCUUCUCUCAGACUACGACCGAGACCCAAACCACCAAACGAAACUGAUGGAACCCCUUCAGAUGGAAAACAGAAAGUAGAGAGGAGGGGUUCCCCCAAGAUCUUAAACAAACAAAACCCGAGGUUGUUCUGCUCCAAAACCAGGAGAGCAAAGUCCGAAGUAGAGGUUUUCACCUCAACGUCCCUCGUCAGUUUGGUGAAACUCAUGCAUCCCUAUUGCCUGAAGCUGCAAGUGGAGAAGGAGGAACAUCCAAGGAGAAACAAGUCCCUUUUCUCUCAGGAAGAGGUGUGGAAGUAUGAACGGCCCACCGAAGAGAGCGGCGAAGAGAUAAAUGUUGUGUCUGAUGAUGAGGCACCUUUGAAAGGAACAAUGGAGGAGGAGGUGGGUGGAGAAAGCGGGAGCUGCUCACUCCUGAAGAGUGUGCUGCUGAAAGGAAAAUCUUCCAGAGAAAAGAAGAGGGUGAGCUUUGGUCCUGUUCUCGUGGCUUCGUUUGACGAGUCAGAGGAAGAAGAUUUUAAGGAAAAAAACCUAAACACAAGUGAAAGCACAAAAACACUUGAAGAUGCAUCAGGUUCAGUACUUCACCCUUCAGCACUGCCUACAAAUGAGGAGGUUGCUCUAGAAGAGCAAGAGGAGAAGAAAGGUGAGACAAAAGCUAAAUCACUGAGCUUGCAAGAAUACAGACAACUUCGGUUGAAUAGAAGACCUCCGGUGGAGAAACAGAGGAACUACUCCACCAAGUGGCCAUCUGUGCCUGAGGUGCCCAAAGAGCUGACCCUCAUCCUCCCCCUCUGUAGACCAGAUACAACAGCCGACUACAGCACUUUGAUCCAACAAGCUUCUAACUUGAAAGAGGCUAAACUAUACCACCAUCUACAUCACCGCAGGUUAAAGAACUCAAAGCCUGAGCCCAGAACCUCACCUUCCAGGCCACUGCCUGACGAUACAGCCAGACCCAGUAUCAGUAAACCAGAGAGCAGGAAAAGUCCAGUAAAAAAGCCAAAGCUCCUCAGUAGCGAUCCUCCAAACCCAGUCCUUGUCCCCCUGCCAGUUCCUCAGACGCCCUCUCCACUCUCAAAAUCUGUCAGCCUGCACAGCAACAAACAUCUACAUAAAAUCCAAAACGACUCCUCAGCUGCACCUCAGGUGGGAUCUUCAGAACCAAAGCACAAUGCCUCCCCUCUAAACAAGGACGUUAAGGUGCUCGACACCCCCCUGCAUCAGGAAAUAAAGGCUAAGCUAACUGAGAUGCCUCCACAUGUCUGCACUGAAUCUCCUCAGGAAUGCAGCCUGAGCCGAACAGAAGCUGCAGAGCAGUCAUCAGGUCCAGAUCCAAAAGGGCCUGUAAAGUGUCCCUCCUUCACACAACCCCUCAGUCAGUCUCCUCCUUCCUCAGAGGUUCAUAUGAUGCUAAAGGAGCAGUUUCCAGAUUCAGAGUGUCCGUCUAAGGAACCAGAACCUCCUCAGACCGACUGCAGAGAGAACAGUGCUGCUAUUGAUUCAGGCAUUGAAGCAGCUGACCUGACCAGCCUGCUGGAGCAGUUUGAGGAAACACAAGCUAUAGAGGAAAGCAUUUGUAAUAUUGAAGCCAAACCAGUUUAUGCUGCUUCAUCCUCAUUCAUUGAGGCAAACUGUAAUGUGGACCUGGACAGACCUGACCCUGCCGGAUUAGAACAGACCUCUAAAUCCCCACUGAAGCCCAACAUGGAACCUCGUAAACCUCUGAGCACUGAAGAGAUUUUGAAAAAUGUCCAAACUUUGGAAGUCCCUGAACCUCUCUUCAUUGAAAUCGUUCUGAGCACCCAGAAGAACCAGCCUGUCAGAUGUAAAAAUCUUUCUUUGAAGUCCAUUCAGAUUAUUGACCCACGUCCCCUACCAUCCAGGAAGGCUCGGAUGAGCCAGGUGGAGCCGUCUGCUCCUCAAACCUCUGCUCAGUUUUAUUCAUAUUUGUCCUCUGAUCAUGAUUACUGCGGUUCUGUGAAUCAUUCUCCACUACAAGCCAAACAGUCGUCUGAACUCACUACACCGGAGCUAAUGACCCAGGACUCUGGAGCUGCUGGGGAAGGUAAAGAUCAUAUUUCAGAAAACCCGACGUCUGCGCUGCUGAAUCGAUCAGAUCAAACCAGGACGGGUUCAGAGACGGACACAAGUACAGAUGAAGCUCCGCAGUUUUCAUCCAGAGCUGCCAUAGAGGGAGAAGGUCGAGAUGACAACAGGACAGCCCUGUGCAGUCUCCCUACACCCCCACCCACCCCGCCUGUCAGAGGCAGGAGCAAGAGGAGAUACCGAAGAUCUCCUCGCUCAGACUCUAGUUCCAGCUCCUCGUCCUGCUCCUGCUCUCCAAAAAGACCAAGGAUCCAUCGCAGGUGUUCAGAGAGCAGCUCCUGUUCGUCCUCCUCCUCUUCCUACGACUCCCCUUCCCAGCAUUACCGCAUGUCCUAUUCAAGGUCCAGAUCUCGAUCCUGGUCCCGGUCCAGAUCCCGAUCACCCUCUCCACAAAUACAUUACAGGCGUUGGAGAGACGUGUCCACCAAAGAGCCCAGGAAGUGCAACAGGGAGCAUGAGAUGAGGAUUCAGAAACUUAAAGCCAUAGACGAGCGCAGGGUGGUGUACGUCGGGCGGAUCCGCAGAACAAUGACACACGAUGAGCUGAGAGAACGCUUCUCUCAGUUCGGUGAGGUCGAGUGCGUGUCGCUUCACUUCAGAGAUGGCGGCGACCACUACGGCUUUGUGACAUUCUACAACACGGAGGAUGCGUUUGCGGCCAUCGACAACGGCGGGAAACUGAGAAACCCUGACGAGCUGCCCUUCGACCUCUGCUUUGGUGGUCGCAGACAGUUUUGUAAUUCAGACUACUCUGAUCUGGAUGCUAACAGAGAUGCAGACCCGCCGCCCCCCAGGAGCAGGUUUGAAGACCUGGACUUUGAUUCGCUGCUGAAACAGGCACAGAGAGGACAGAAGAGGUAGCAGAGCUGAGCAGAUCACCAGGAUCAGGAUCACCAAAGUUUUUUUCUGGAUCCCGAAGCAUCAUGCUCACAAUAAUGUAGCUAAGUCUCUUUUUUUACUUUGGGUGUCCUCAGGUUUGAAUGUAUAAGCUGAACACGCAUGCAUUUAUUGAUUUGUACAAGACAAUACAGCACUGUUUAGUGUACUGUUGAAAAGCAUCAUGUAGCACUCUGACACUGAAUAUGUUUUAUUGCAUGUUUGUUACAUUCCAGAACAAGUUAUGUGUUAAAGUUUUCUAUAUCAAAAUAAAGAAUGUAUAUUGUU